AUGUACUCCCCUGUGGACAUCUUUCCACCCGACCUUCUGCGUUCCAUGCAUACUUGUAUCGUCAGUUCCUACAGUCGUCACACUUUCAACCCAGAAAUUCUUUGCCAGGUCGCGGCCAUCAUUCAAGGAUAUACAGAUGACCAAAUUGACGAAGAAAAAGCAAAAAUUGACCUACUUAACUGCGCUCAUAACGCCGAAUCAAACGAAAGGGCCACGAUUAAUGCUGUUGUUGUAUUGAUAUCCAAUUUGUACGAUUGUGAGGUGAAAACACUCUCGGAAGCGCAUCUGAUAGCCAGUUAUAUUCAUCCAUUUGUGCAUGGUCUCUUGUUAUGUAAAAUGCCAAUGGCAAUCGCUCAUUGCUCAAAUAUUGUGCCUGAUGAAAGACCUGGCAGCAACAACCAUCUGGAUUACAAAGUGGAUAUUUACGCGCCAGGCUACAAAUACAACUAUACAAACCUGUAUGUCAAUGACUUCUAUCACACGGCCAUUUUCACCAAAGAUGCCCUGGACAUCUUCCAUCUGCGGCAGUCACUUGCAUUUCAGGCGAUUGGAAAGACGAUCACCUUCUUUGUCAUGUCUCUCACACAUCCUCAGCUGUACACCUUCACCGAAUUGGCUCACGUCCAGAUACCCACAAAGAAAUCAGACCUCUUAAAUCUCAUGGGACAUUUACACAAUCUGGCUUUCAUCUCCUCCAUCCACAAGAAUGAUUGUGUACCAUUGAGAUCAAGUCUGGACGAUUUUCACUGUGAGACCCUGUCUACCGCCUAUGUGAAAGGUCGCCAAGUGAAACUGUCGCCCAAGAAACGAUCCUUUGCGCUGACCAUGGAUUAG